CUUACGGCUGUCAGUUAGUGUUUAACGUGUUUAACUCUAAUUCUGUGAAAUUGUUGAUAUUCUUAUAGAAAAUCAAUUAAUUCUGAUAAACAAUAAAUAGAUUAAAGGAAAAAUAUGGAUCCUGCACUUCUCAGGGAAAGAGAACUCUUCAAAAAGAGGGCAUUAACCACUCCAACCGUUGAAAAGAAGAAAAAGGAAACUCAGAAAGAACCACGUGAUGAGCCGAAGAAGAAACCAAAACCUUCUUCAGUCUCUCAGCCAACGAAACUGAAUGUCGUUAAUUACAAAUCCAGCGCUGGUAGUUCGCAAUACAAAUUUGGUGUUUUGGCGAAAAUUGUAAAACACAUGAAAGCGAGACAUCAAGACGGUGACGAUCAUCCGCUAACUUUGGACGAAAUAUUGGAUGAAACGAACCAAUUGGAUGUAGUUCCCAAAGUGAGAUUAUGGCUUCAAACGGAGGCUUUACUCAAGAAUCCAAAAAUAGAAGUAACGCAGGAUAACAGAUUUCUUUUCAAAGCAAUGUUUAGAAUUAAGGAUAAGAAAUCGCUUAUGAGAUUAUUAAAACAGCACGAUUUAAAAGGACAUGGUGGAAUAUUCUUGGAAGAUAUACAGGAAAGUUUACCACAUUGUGAAAAACAUUUAAAGAGUCUACAAAAUGAAAUCAUAGUUAUCAAUCGACCCGAUAAGAAAAAAGUAAUUUUCUAUAAUGACAAGUCAACGGCAAUUAUUUUCGAUGAAAUUUGGCAGAAUCUUUGGCGAGCCUCGGCAGUCGAUGCAAUGGAUGAUCAAAAAAUAGAGGAGAAUCUAGAAAAGCAAGGCAUCAAAUCGAUGCAACAUCACGGAGUGAAAAAACCAAUGCCCAUCAAGAGAAAGAAGGCCAAUACAAAGAGGAAACAAUUCAAAAAACCCAGAGACAACGAGCACUUAGCGGGUGUCUUAGAAAAUUACGAAACAUCAAAAUAAAUGUGUUUUAUUUCCGGUAAGGUGGAGAUACCUCUUUAAUUUACUGGACUUGUAAAUAAUAAGCAAAUUUUUCUUUAACUUGUAAGAAUUUCGGAGAGAAAUUAACUCCCGAAAUGACCGUUAGAUACUUUUUUCGUGUAGUAAAUUAGUAUAAGAUUUAUAAGUACGAGGAUAAAAAAUAAAUAGUUUAUUGAGAA